AUGACUGAUAAACUUCCCCCUCAGUUGCUGGCACUCUUCCAGGCGCGCCCACCUCUGCGAUAUCUCCCUGCAACCGGCCGCGCUCCAGACAACCUCACCAAGAGCAAAAUUACUGGAGUUGCCGAAGCUCUUGCUCUGGUUCGGGCCGAAGAACCCGCUCCCUACAAUGCUACUGAGAGCUGGAUCCAGCGUAAAUGGCGCCAAAGAUAUGAGCACAAAGAGAAGCUUCGCAAGCAGGGUGCGGAAGGUCUAGCUAACUUCAAGCCAAAUGAGGACCCAAAUAUCCGAGGUGAUCCUUACAAGACUCUCUUUGUGUCGCGCCUCAGCUACGACGUCAAAGAAGCAGACUUGGAACGCGAGUUUGGCCGAUUCGGUCCCAUUGAACGGAUUCGCAUCGUUAAGGACACAACUCCUCCCACCGAAGGCAAAAAACAAAAGGCGCAUCGAGGUUACGCAUUCGUCGUUUAUGAACGUGAAAAAGACAUGAAAGCCGCGUACAAGGAAACAGACGGCAUUCGCAUCAAGGACCGUCGAGUCCUUGUAGAUGUUGAGCGUGGACGCACCAUGAAAGGUUGGACACCUCGCCGUCUUGGUGGUGGUCUUGGAGGCCGUGGAUAUACCAAGAUCCAAUCGCGCCCGACUGGGCCCGGAUUCAACGCCCCCUCUGGACCCGGUGGCUUUGGAGGUGGUUUCCGCGGAGGCUUUGGUGGUGGCCGAGGAGGAUACCGUGGUGGUGGUGGUGGUGGUGGUGGUAGUGGAUACCGUGGCGAUCGGGGACCACGAGGAGGAAUCGGAUAUCAAGGUGGAGGUCGCAGUGGUGGAUAUGGCGGCCAGGCACCUCCCAAUGCCCCAUCCGGCCCCAGUGGUGGCCGCGGCGGAGGCUUUGGUGGAUCUUACGGUGGUGGUGGUGGUGGUGGAGGAGGAGGAGGUAGAUUUGACCGCGGUAUGACUGGCAGCAACAGCGAGCCUGUUCGCCCCCGAAACCAGUACUCGGACCGUGACCGCCGCGACGACCGUGGCCCUGAUGAUCGCUAUCGAGGUGGCGACCGUGGAGGAGAUCGUGGAGGAGAUCGUGGAGGAGAUCGUGGAGGAGACCGCGGAGGUGAUCGUGGCAGUGAUCGUUACCGCGACCGUGAUCGGGAACCUCGCGGCGGAGACCGUGGUGGAGAUCGUGAUCGUGGUGCUGACCGCGGAGGUGACCGAUACGGUGGUGGCCGCGAGGAAUACGGACGCAAGCGUCACCGUGAGGACGAAGGUCCUGAGGACCCUCGUUCCCGCCGCCGAUACUAA